AGCUGCAAUGGCCGGGCUCCCACCUGCCCUGAGAGCCCCGGGUCCGAGGGAGGUGAUGGGGCAGAGGAGAAACCCUCGGAGCGGUUCCCGGUCGUUGGGCAUCGCUGCGGGCCUAGCGGGCUCCCUGGAGCCGCCCUGGGGACGGGAGCUGUGGCAGAGCCUGCCCGGAGCCGGGGGGACAUGGGGGGACGCGGGCAGGUGCAGCGGUGCCCGGGAAGGAAAAGCUGGAAGGGGGUGUAUGUGGUUGUCCUGCUGUUGGAGGAGAGGGUUUGUGUCAUAGGCAAAGCUCGAUAAGGACAGGCGUGAUUCAUCUGAGGGUCAAGUUGCCCAAAAUCCCAAGGGAAAUGCCAGCUGUCGAGUGGCCCGGCUGGAAUGGUGGGGUUUGGGGAGUCCCAGCAGCUCGUUCCUUGUUCUGCAAGUGUCCCAUCAAAUUCUCGGAGAUGAGUUUUGCACGAGUCAGAUGGAAGGUUCCUUUCUCAGUGACCAGUGAGGACUUGAUGAGAUGGAUCUGGAUAUUUCCAGGGCCUGUACGCCUCUAGGACUUACUCCACAAACUGUUGGAAAAUGUUGGCCCUGACAAUCCGGACAUGAGGCAACGAUAGAUCGAGCUUCAGUAGCAGAAAGCUGAAACUGUCUCUUGAGUGCUUCGUGACCCUGGUGAAAAAAUUGAUGAGAAGCAAUUGCUUGCUGCAUAAUGUUUGGUACUGGUCCUAAUGCUACCACAGAUACUAAUUGGUCAGCUCGGGCAUUUCCUUCUGCUAUAAAACCAGGAUGGCCCGCUCUCUGUACGAGUGGCUGUGGCAGCAGGAGUUCUGGCUGCCCCCAGGGAUCACCUGGGGUGACAUGCAAGAGUCUGAAGACAUCAAGUACCCUAAGCCUGGCCACCUCCUGCUCAGCAUCCCUUUUGCUUUCAUCUUGAUUGUCAUUCGAUGUGCCUUUGAAAGAGCCAUAGCCCUGCCCCUGAGUAGCAAACUGGGUGUGAGAGACAAGCAGAGACCAAAAGCUCAGCCCAACCCUGUGCUGGAAGCGUUCUACAGUACGCGCUGCAAGAAGCCUGCAGAGAGUGACCUGAUCAGUUUAGCCAAACAGUGCGGCCUGCCGGUGAGGAAGGUGGAGAGGUGGUUCCGGCACCAGAGGAACACUGACCGACCGAACUUGUCGAAGAAGUUUUGCGAGGCCUGCUGGAGGUUUACAUUUUACAUCAUUGCUUUCUUCACUGGACUUGCUGUCCUGUCCGAUAAGCCUUGGCUUUGGGACCACAGAGAGUGCUGGACAGGAUACCCACAGCAGCCUCUCCUGCCAUCCGUGUUCUGGUACUACCUGCUGGAGCUCUCCUUCUACUGCUCGCUGGUCUUCACCCUGCCCUUUGAUGUGAAGAGGAAGGACUUCAAGGAGCAGAUAAUCCAUCAUGCUGCAACUAUCUUCCAGAUCAGCUUCUCAUAUUGUGCCAAUUACAUCCGCAUUGGCACACUGGUGUUAGUAAUACAUGAUGCUUCCGACUGCAUUCAGCUGGGUGCUGAAUCUUUUUCUUCAGCCUUUGCUUCUCAUUCCUUGAGCUUAUGUCCCUGCCCUUCACACAGGCUGCAGCAGCACACCGCUGUCCUGGGGGGAGCGAGGGUGGGCUGCCUUGGGGUCCGUAGAGGAAUCUUAAAGCGCUGAAGUGUACAACAGAGGAGGAGGCCUCCGCCUACAGCUCUGCCUCGUAUUUCUGGUGGAAAACUGAGGGUUGGCUCACAUGUGUUAUAAAUAAGAAGGAUGUGACUGACUGAGGUCUGUGAUGAGAGUUUUCUGAGCUUAGUUAUGGCUUACUAAUAAGACACU